UGUGUACACAGCGCGGGGAGGGCCGCGCAUGCGCUGUUCGUGGCGGGGCUGAGUGUUUCCCAAGUGUUUGAAACUGGGAUUCGGCUCCUCCACGUUGGAUCGAGCACGGCGUGCGGCGGCGGGGAGGCUGCGUUCGGGCGGCGGAACGGGGGCCGGGCCGGGCCGGCUCUGACAGCGCCCGGCGGGGCACAUUCUGCUGGCGGCUUGUUUCGGAGGGGCUGGCCCGAGCCCCCUCCCUCCUCCUCCUUCUCCUCCUCCCCCCCUCCCUCCGCACGCACAAAUCCCGCUGAUUGUUCCUACCACCUCCUCCGUGAGUUCCCCACCGCGACAGCCAUUCAGUCAGCUGCUCGGGCUGUAGGGACCGGAGGGGGCUGCGAGCUCGGCUGUGCCUGGCAGCGGGCUCCCAUGUAGCUGCCGGGGGAACGGGGCACGGACGGCGGCGGAGAGAGGCGUGGGGAAGGAGGAGGAGGGUUUUUUUUUUUCCCUUUUUUUUUUUUUUUUUUUUUUUUUUCCUCUCCUCUUUGCCGGAUGAAAAUGUUGAGUCCUGCAAACGGAGAGCAGCUGCACCUCGUGAACUACGUGGAGGAUUAUCUGGACUCCAUCGAGUCUCUGCCCUUCGAUCUGCAGAGAAAUGUCUCCUUGAUGAGGGAAAUCGACGCCAAAUACCAAGAGAUUCUGAAGGACUUGGAUGACUACUAUGAAAAGUUCAAACGAGAAAAUGACGCUGUGCAGAAGAGAAGAAUGCUGCACUGCAUUCAGAGGGCAUUGAUUCGGAGUCAGGAGCUGGGAGAUGAGAAGAUCCAAAUCGUCAGUCAAAUGGUAGAGCUGGUCGAGAACAGAUCCAGGCAAGUGGACAGCCACGUGGAACUGUUUGAGACUUGCCAAGAGACUAAUGACACCACUGGAAACAGUGGGAAAGCCAGCCAGGAUAAGUCAAAGAAUGAGACAAUCGCUCAAUCUGAGAAGCCCAACAACAAGAGGUCAAGGAGGCAAAGAAAUAAUGAGAAUCGAGAAAAUGCUUCAAAUAAUCAUGACCACGAUGACAUCACUUCAGGAACUCCAAAGGAGAAGAAAGCAAAAACGUCCAAGAAGAAGAAACGAUCCAAGGCUAAAGCGGAGCGGGAAGCUUCUCCCCCAGACCUUCCCAUUGAUCCUAACGAGCCAACAUACUGCUUAUGCAACCAAGUCUCUUAUGGAGAAAUGAUAGGAUGCGAUAAUGAUGAGUGCCCCAUUGAGUGGUUUCACUUUUCGUGUGUGGGACUCAAUCACAAACCGAAGGGCAAGUGGUACUGCCCCAAAUGUAGAGGAGAAAAUGAGAAAACUAUGGACAAGGCGUUGGAGAAAUCAAAAAAAGAAAGGGCCUACAACAGGUAGUUUCUAGACUUUUCGUGGAAAAGAAAAAGAAAACCACCAAACCAGUGUAUUUAUUGUCAGUGUCACCUUUGUUGAGGUGAAAGGAUUGUAAAAUGUAUAUUUUUAAAGGAGGCUUAAAACUGAACCAUUCCUGUUACAGGGACGGCAAUAAAAGCAGUUUUGUUUUUCACUUGGUAAGCUGUAACAAGAAUAUGGUCUGUGGACCAAUGUAUUCCAAAAGUGAAGUUAUAAGAGUUCAAACUAAAUAUCCAGGUGGGUCUUAAAAGAUAAAUGAAUACAUAACUUUUUUUUUUUUCUCCCAGUGCUUGUAGCACAGCAACCAUUACAAUGUUGACGGCGAAUAUUUCUGAAAUGUAAUUUCUUUUUCCGUAUGGAAGAAUGUUACUUAACAUUUGAGCAGAAUUGUUAAAAUAGUUGAGCCCUCUGGUUGUAUCUGAAUAAAGCUGCAGUAUAUUA